AUGAGCGAAUCUAGACCCCCGCUACGAAGAAUAGGUACUGGCUUUUGUGGCACUGUAUGGGCAGCCUCAGACACAGGCUCUGCCUACAAGCGCGAAGAUGGAGGGCCAGAUCGGUCGCUCCGUCACGACUUCGAAACACAUCAACACAUCCUACAGUGCAUGCGUCGGACAGCACUGGAGUACCCGCCAGAUACUACCUCACCAGUAGCAGAGGUAAGGUACCACAUCAACAUUCCUCUCUGUCACAGCUUCAUAUCCCCAACCGAUACCUGGUGGACCGGCAACCUCGACCGUUUCCCGCCCGAUUACAAGCCUUGCAACAUGACCGAAAUGCAGCGAAUCCCUCCUGUCAGCGAAACCACCCGGAACCUCCUCAUUGCGAAAUACUGUCCGGCGCGAUUAAAGUCUCAAAUUACGAAAAGCGAAACGAACCGUGACUGUUUGAUCCGCCCAUACCUGGGUCGACGGCGGAUACAGCGAGCCUCAGAGACCCCGCGGUCCAGAGGCUUUUUCUCUUUGCGAAACUAUCCGCUACACCUCGACCAGAUGGAAGAAAUCGGGAUCCCAGAGGAGGACAUAAUGGGCUAUUCCCGAACCAUGGCAGAUACGCUAGCCUUUCUACACUGGGUCGCCCGGAUUGAUGGAAACGAUAUCGAAUUCGUCCUUGCGGCACCGAGCAAUAUCUGCGAUGGUGGCACUAGGGGAACUUGGAACAAUGCAUUGGGUUUGCAUGAGAUGUGGAUGCUCGACUUUGACCUGGCAUGA